CCCAGGCGGUUGCCGUUGUGCUAGCAUAGUAAUUCAUUGUUCAUUCCGAUGGCAAACAGAACCGUUAAAGAUGCGAAUAGCAUCCACGGUACCAACCCGCAGUAUCUGGUGGAGAAAAUCAUCCGGACUCGAAUCUACGAGUCUAAAUACUGGAAGGAGGAAUGUUUCGGUCUCACGGCUGAGCUGGUGGUGGACAAAGCCAUGGAGCUGAAGUAUGUCGGUGGAGUGUUUGGGGGAAACAUAAAGCCCACUCCUUUCCUCUGCCUCACGCUGAAGAUGCUGCAGAUUCAACCGGAAAAAGACAUCAUUGUGGAGUUCAUCAAAAAUGAGGAUUUCAAAUAUGUUCGUUUACUUGGAGCGAUGUACAUGAGGUUAACUGGCACUGCAGUGGAUUGCUACAAAUACCUGGAGCCGCUGUACAACGAUUACAGAAGAGUCAAGAGUCAGAACCGAAAUGGAGAGUUUGAGCUGAUGCACGUGGACGAGUUCAUUGACAACCUUCUUCAUGAAGAGAGGAUGUGUGACAUCAUUCUGCCUCGACUUCAGAAAAGACACGUCCUCGAGGAGGCUGAGAUGUUAGAGCCACGUAUUAGCGCUCUGGAGGAAGAUCUGGAUGAGAUGGAGAGCAGUGAAGAAGAAGAUGAGGAAGAAGAUAAGUAA